AUGUCUUCUGGAGGCUCAAAGGUGACUCAUUUUUUCUAAAUAACGGUUUCUGUAGUUUUCUGUGAUGUUCGCGUGAAACUUCAUCAUUACAUCUUAUUAUCGUUAAUUUUCAAUGCUUUAAAAAUUUUCUGUUAUUAUAUUUAUUGAUGAAAUAACUCACAGACAAGUCAAACAGUGUGGUUAUGGCGCAUUUGUGAGUUUAAAAGUUCAUUUCAAGUCUUUUUGUUUUAUUCUGACAGAAAAUGAGGCCCAGAGAGCUCCCUCCUCUCCCUCAGGUUGGUAUAAAUCUGCCUUUAUAUCAGAGAUUAUACGAAGAGGAGAGUUCCAUGUUGGAGUUGAUCUAAGUGAAUAAGUGAUCCUUGUUUAGUUGUGACAGACUUAAAGACCUUUACCUGUCAGAAUCACCUGUAUGACAGGAUGAGCUGUCUUUGUCAGAUACCCAGGAUCAGCAGAGGGAUCAGACCGGUCCAAACAGUCCCUCUUCAGUCUCACUGUCCCACAAACAAGCCUUGGUAAAGGUCUGAGUAGUCUGACCUCUGCCCUGAGUAAUCCUCACACAGAUUUAGCCCAGGAUUUAGUCCUGUCACUCAGGAUGUCACUUGUCGCUUCACUCUCUUCUCACUUGUUUCUCGGGGGGAAUGGCCAGGAAGACCACGGUAAGGGUGUGUGAUCCUGUCUGAGUGUGUGCUGGGACAGAAAAGCUGUAAAAAAAACAGAUUCAAUCUUUGCUGUUUGGGCACGUUCAUGCUUUCAGGUCAUAUGUUAACGUGUUUACGCUGCUUUUAAUGUGACCAAACACCUUUAAAUCCUGUUUGACUCACUGACGGUCUGAUUUGUCAGUAUUAGAGGAAUUAAACAGUUGAAAUAAGAUCUGUGAGAGUUUAAUCUUGAAAGUUUAAAGCUGGUUUUUUACUUUUUAUCCAUAUUGGGAAGUUCCACAAGAGUAUCUGCAGAUCUGAAGUGAUGCUGGAGAAACAAAAGACCGAAAUCAUAAAAUAGAGUUUUGAUUUUCAAUUGGAUAAGCUAUAACAGAUACAUAACAGAUGUACACAGUUCAUCAGUAAAUAUUUAGUUUGAUUUGAGGUUAUUUGAGUGUAAUAACUGAACAUGAUGAAUAAAUCUCAGUUCUCUUUUCGUCUUCAGAGAGGCCAGCGAGCUCUCCCUACAAUGCCGAGGUGGGUUUACUGCAGCUGUGAGGUGUUUUUUUAACAUUGUCUUUAUGUUGAAAAGUAGAAUCAACUCUUUUCUUCUCUUUUCUUAUUUUUGUGCGGAAACAUGAAGUCAAGACACAGCAGGUGAGUCGAGAUUAAAAUACAUCUUAUAUUUGAUCUGAGGCUGUUGGUCUAAUUUCCUCGUAUUAAUCGUCUCACAGGAGAAGUUUCAGCACCAAGACACAAGAAGAAGAGGGCGAGGAAGGAGACGAAUGGAGUUGAUGAUAUGGUUGGUGCGUAAACGGUUUUUGGACUUUUAGACGGUGAAGAACAAUGACAGCAUGUAAAGAUUGUCCCAUGAAGUUGUUGUUUCCAGAAGGAUAAAGAGAGCAUCAUCAUGAACUUCUGCUUUUCUCGGUUUCAGAUCAGGGGAUGGAGAUGGGAGGCGUGGGCAGCCGGAGGGAAUCUGAAGUUGGAGAGUCGCUGACACUUGAAGCCACGACUGACGCACCGCCACAGAGGAGAAAGAAGAAAAAGAAAACUGUUGUAACAGGUAAACCCACGAGUUUUCUGUCAAAAAUGAUAGAAGGUGUAAAUGAUGAAGUUGAGGCAGAGGACGAUGAUUCAGAGGUGUGUAAAUUUAUGCUCUUAGACCCGGAUGAUGACCAAGCAGACCUUGUGAACGGGGACGCAGCAGAUCAGACGACUGAUGGUGAAGAAGUGGUCAAAAAGACGAGAAAAAAGAAGUAAGAAAAAGUUUUUUUCAGAAUCAACGAAAAAUCUGAAGAUUUCUGCAGGAAAUAAAAGUUUCAUGUUGAUUGUUUUUAUUAUCUUCUGUUGUAAAUAUGUGGACAAAUGCUGAAGUUUUUUUAUGAGAUAAAGCCAAAGUUGAAGAGCUAAAGUUAGAGUUAACUGCAGUGGGUUAUUUUGUUCACCCUCACCCUCUAUUUUUGUGAUUUUAGGAGGUCAAAAGUCGUUGAAUCACAGCUGCCUGACGAGCUGGAUGUGACAGAGGAUGAUAUUGUCACUGACACGCCUCCUCCGAUCCCCCAGCAUUCCCUGUUCACGGCCCCUCAGGGUCAGAGCCAGCCGGUGGGGAAAGUCUUUGUGGAGAGGAACAGUGAGUACAGAAGGAAGAAGAUGAAGUGGAUUCUGAGUCUGAGAGAGUUAGCGGUUCUUCACGGAGGGUGUGUUUUUACCUGCAGAGCGUUUCCAGGCUGCUGAUCGCUCAGACUGGAGGAAAACAAGCGUCCAGAUGGACAACAUCACAGAAUUUCACCAUGUUCAGCCUCUCUGGACCACCAGAGAGGUUUCCAUCAGAGUGCAUGAAGGAUUCAGGUGAAGGGAGAGUGUCUCAGAACAGGAGGAAUCCUUCAGACCAGAGACCCCUGCUGUAAAUGACCUCCUCUCCUCUCGUCACUGUGCAGGGUGUUCGGUCUGUACUGUCACGGCUUCCUGGCGGGCUACGCUGUGUGGAAUGUGGUGGUGGUCUACAUGUUAGCGGGGCAGCACCUCACCGCUCUGUCCAACCUACUGGAGCAGUACCACAGCCUGGCGUACCCCUCCCAGUCCCUGCUGUACAUGCUGCUCGCCAUCAGCACGGUGGCCGCCUUCGACAGGUAAAACUGACGUCCAUCAGUAAAAGGAAAGUGUGCGGAUGGAAAUAUUGAAAUCCUUUCUUCUUGUUCUGUGUCUGAAAGUAUGAGGAGUGAUGCAGCUCAUGAUGUUGACCUUGAACUCUUAUUUUCACAGAGUAAACCUGGCCAAAGGCUCCAUGGCUCUGAGGGAGUUCAUGACCUUGGAGCCCAUCGCUCUCGCCUCGUUCUGUGAGUUCAAGCUGAGCUUUAAAACGUUGUUCCUCCUCACACAGAAGACUGUAUUUGGUUUCAUACUUUUGUUGUCGGUUUUUCUUCUUCUUAGUGUAUUUCUCUGCGUUGGUCCUCUCUCUGAGCCAGCAAAUGACCAGCGACAGGAUCAACCUGUACCCCGCCUUCAACGAGACCUUAUGGUGGGCUCACAGAGGUCAUUUUAUUGUCUAUACUGCUCAAUCAUUUCUGGUCAUGACAAACAAAUAUCUGUUUUUCUUUCCUAAGGCCACCUGGAUCUGAGCACCAGAUUCUUCAUCCCUGGGUGACGGUGAACCUGGUGGUGGCUCUCCUGGUCGGUCUGGCCUGGAUCUUCAUCGCCACCCGACCAGAGAAAGACUACACUGAAAGUGAGAGAGGACACCUGUUUACCUCUGAGCUGUAGUGAAGUGAAGCGUGUGAAAAUCAGGUGCUCAUGUUUUCUUUCUCUCCUCAGGUUAUCUGAUGACCAUGGAGCUCGAACCUCCUAAAGCGGAGGACAAAUCUGAGAUGACGGCCUGA